CGCGUAAGGAGGGGGAGAGGCAAUUGGGCGUCGAAGCGAAGUUAGGUUGACGAAUGGCAACCAACAGAGGGCUACGAGUUAAAAAUUGGAUUAUUUGAUCAUCUGACUGAUUUUAACGUUACGCGAACGGACACGGGGCAAAAUAAGGACAAGUCGUGGAUGAUAUUGUCGAUUCCAGAGGCCGUUACGCAUUUGGAUGUGUUUCAGGAAGACCCUCUCGUUUCACGCAUAGGUCGCGCGACAGAUUAGCUGCGGCGUGCUGAAACCGAGUUCAAGAAAUCACAAGUUGCACGCGCGAGAGGAAGACCCUCGCGAGCGAUUGUUACUGUUACCCGCGGAAAUAUUUGGAUGAGUUCAGUGGAUCUGAUAUUGUGACGUAGUUGGCGUUUCGGCAUCAGUGACACAUGGUUGCCUCAAAUGUUGUUAUAUUUGAAGAAAGAGGCCCUUAAAGUACCUGGAUAAAUAAUAAUUUUAUAUUUAUGGGCGGCAGCCCCUGCAUUUUUGACAGUGAGGGUCUCAUGCCGUUUGUCACGGGACGAUUGUAUCUUGUGUAACUGCAUACUUCAGUUUCACAGGACAACCAGUCACUACUAUGAAGAAACUUUAAAAUACGAUCUGUUCCCGCAUAAAUUGUUCCUUUUUCUAAUUUAUUUGAGUAACUAUGGUCGGGAUAGAUUUUGAUUGUGUAAAUUGUUCCUCUUUGUUGAUCUCAAAGUCAUAUGGAUUAGCAGUCUUUCACGUUUGAUAAGAUGUGAUGGCGCAUCACAAAGCACCAAAGAUGAUGGACUUGUAAAAUGCUGCUAAUAUUAACAACUUGAAAUUCGGAUAUCUUAAGUGAGACCGUUUUAUUUAUUGUUGAUUGUCAUUAAUUUAAUAUUAAUUUGAUUUGCUACUUCAAUAUGAAAUUUGAGAAUUUGCUAUGUGUCACUCCAUCAGUUUGAUUUUAACAUAUGAUAAAAAAGACUUUAUAGACUUAAAAGCAUCUCUGAUUUCAAUGUCUGUGAAUGAGCCUAGCUAAACAGUGGUCAUAUUUAGAGAGGAGAAAAAAAUCACAAACGAGGUGCACUGAAAGUUUAAGUGUCAUCCCGGUAAAAAUAUGGCCAGUCAGUGCACUCAUAACGCGCAUUCUGAUGACACCUUUCGUUCUACUAAACUCACAGCUCACGAGCAGCAGGAACGCGCGGGCUGUGUAAACGGCGGCAGCGCGCCCGUCGAGUCGUCGGCUUUUUUUGAGGUCAUCGGCGGCUGUCUUUAUCGCAAAAAGUUGGAAAGGGGAUUCGUCCAGUACCGCGAGGUGCUAGCGGAAGACAAGCGACUCCAGUCCAUAGACAUCUUUCAUAAGAAGAGACAGGAUAAGUCGCACCACACCCUGGAGGACACGUACAGACUGGUGGCCGAGCAAUAUUGGUGGGAAGGAAUGUUUUUUCAGGUUAGAGACUUCGUCCUCAGUUGUGAAGAAUGUCGGUCAGAGAGAUCAGAGUGUUCAGAUGUAGGACUUGUCUCCAGGAUGGUGAAAUCACAUAGUCAUGAAAUUUUAAAUAAGUUGAAUAGCCAACGGGAAGCUGGGCUCUUUUGUGACAUCACACUGAAGACCGGUGGUGGCCAUUCUUUUGUCGCUCACAAGGCCGUUCUUGCAGCAGUAAGCGAGUACUUCCAAGAGUUAUUUACUGAAAUGGACUCAGCCACUGACCCCAAGUCGGAUGUAGACCUCACAGGUUUCAGCGAGGAAAGUUUGCUUGCUUUACUAGAGUUUUCUUACACCUCCACGUUAAAUCUGAAUCUGGACAGUUUAACAGAGGUUAGUGCCAUGGCCCGUCAUCUGCGCAUGUGGCCUGCCCUUGAGGCCUGCUCUGCUAUCAAAAAAGAACGAGAGACUUGUCAGCCAUUUUCCAAAAUGCAUAGUACUGCUGAUGAUUCAAAUUCAAAAAGUGGAACUUUCAGGAGAGACCAGGUUUCAACUCCAAAAGGAAAGGUGGGACUCAAGAGGAGGAGAGAAGAUGAGGAACAAUGUGGCUCUGGGUCUUCCUGGAACUCCGAAGUGCAAUAUAUAGAGCACACUGUUGAUAAGGCGACAGGUGAAACAGAAACCUUAAACCCUCAGUUUCAGUGCCAAGCUCCAUCCAGUUUUUAUACUGAGGAAAACUGCUUCCCAUGCAGCCCAACUCGGCGAAUGAAGCUUAUGGACUUUAAGUCCCCAUCUUGCAAGAAAAAGCUGUCUUCUCGUCCCACACCCUCAGUUAUCUCGUCCUCUCCGUGCACCUCAACUCGUUCUUCCUCUCCAUCACGACGCCUGCUUCGUUCUUCACCUGGCGCUGCCCUUGCUUUGCGCAGACUCCUGCCCAAAAUUGACCUCUCUACCAAGAGAAAAAGGAAGUCCUCUUCUUACCGUACAUAUAAGUCCCAGUCUGAAUUUUCAGUGACUCCAUCCCAAUCUCAGGCAACCUCUUUGACUCAUAUAACCUCAGUAAAGGAGGAAGAUUUGGAGCAAGAGGUAUGUAACACAAUCCCUCAGGAUGAGGUGCACAGCCCCCGUGCUCAGGAGAAAUACAGACUUCUCAGUUUUCUUGGUUUGCAGAGGAAGUCUUUGUUGCCUUGUCCAGAGGAACAUUCUGGUUGGGGACAGAAGAAACGGCUUAGGAAAUUAAAAGUCAGUGAUUAUUCACUCACAGCUCGACGUAAACCGCGUUCGCAAGAUGUUGCAAUGGGUCUUGGAACAAGUUUAGGGGCACUUGUAGCAGUUAGUCCAUCUCUGUCCCUCUGCGACAUGAGCAGAAUGGAUUUACUGAACAGACCAAUGAAAGCAGAACCUCAAGACCCGUGGAACAGGUCCAAAAGGAAGAGACAUGGUCCUGCAGGACAAGCUGUUCAGCAAAGUACAAGGACUACACGUAGCAGAUCAUUGUUCCAGACAGAUUCCAGUGUAACUGAUCGACCACUCAGACGCCACAAUAAAAAUCAAGAUAAAACAUCACCCCAUUCUCAAAGGAGAGGUAGGGUACCAGCACAUGAUGCCUCUUCCCCUUCAAAAAGGAUGCUCAGGAUAAAACAGGAACCUGCUGAGAGUGCGAUCCUACAACCUAUUCAUCGUAGAAAUACUGCCUACCACCAUCCGGCAACGCUAAACCCUCCUAAACGUAGGGGCCGGCCACCAGCAGAUCGCACAGUAAGAGUGGCCACAACAAAGUCUCAGCACACAAAACCAUACAAACUUGGGCGUCCCCCAAAACAGAAACCAAAAAGUUCGAAACAAAUUGAAAUUAAAACAAAAAGCAACCACGCUACAGGAAUGCCACAAGCAAAGCAUAGCAGAACCGAAAGAGGAACACAGGUAAAGGAGAACAGAAAAUCUAAAGAACUUGCCAACAGAAAAGAGAACCCAGAGGUUCAAUAUGGUGUCAUUAACUGGGACAUUUCCAACACCAACCAUCAACAUCUUCACAACCAUCCCCUUUACAAAACCAUAAAGGAAGAACCUGCAGACCCCCUGCCCCUAACCCAACCAUUUACAACUUCCGAUUCCUCAGAUUUGGGUAAGCGCCAAAGCAAACCACCCGUCAAACUGCUAGAUCAAGGUUUCCUCUUUGGCUUCUGUCGGCAACCAAGUGGCAUCAAACGGGAGGAGGAUAGCGUGGACAUCUACCUGACUCGGUCUGUCUCUCAUGGAAGUAGUUCCCAUGGGAUUUCUUCACCUGGCAUGGAGAGAAGAGAUAGGGUGAGGUCCAGGAUAAUGCCAGAUCGAACAGGUCUAAACGGGCCUCAUUGGGCUGGACUUGGCAACAGGUCGACACCUCAGAGGGUUGCUGCUCAAGUGAAAACGGAGAAAGAUGAAAGAAGUGUGUCCCUAAGGUCAAAAGUUUGCAGAGUUUCUAGACACCUCAAAGUCAGCAAAAGGAGCUGUAAGGUCAAGAAAGAACCAACAACGACAAAGAAUGUAAACAAGCUACUUCCUCUGAGCAGUCGCCGUUCCAUUCUACUGGAAUCCAUCCGACGGGCACGUCUCAAACGUCUACAGGAUCCUAAAGGUCAGGCUUCAAGCGGAGCACAUGCUUGCCUGCAGUGCAGAGCCUCAUACAGGGAUUGCGAUGCCCUUAUCAUGCAUCGUGUCAGGCACAUUGAAGGCAAACAAUGGCCUUGCCCGUUGUGCAGUAAGACUUUCUUCAGACAAAGAAAUGUAAGGAAUCAUAUAAGGACGCAUAAUCCCAAACUCUACAAAUGUCCCCAGUGCAUUGCUGCUCACUGAGGUUCAAAAGCCACAGGAUAAAAUGAAGAGGAGCGAAAUUUGUUUCUUGUAAUAUUUACGCUGUAAAUACCAAGAAUCUGUGAUAUGUAUGACAAUGAGGGUCAAUUUAUUAAUGUAAAUAAUAUCAUUAUGUUUUAAAUUGUGUCUUUCCUUCACAAUAAUUGUUGUUAUUUAAAUGACUAAGCUGAAGUCGCUUUUCAAUUGAUACAGAUGUGUUGAAACUGAACUUGAACCCAUUAUGUUUUUUCUCAGGGGGGCGGAGCUUGAUGGUUAAAGUGAUAUAUGUAUAAUUAGAAUUGUGUAGAAUGGUUUAAAUUUGUUACUACUAAUGUACUUACUACAAUUGUUAUUACUAUUGUUAUGAUUAUUUUUUAUAAAUGGCAUAAUCUUGAGUGCACUUAAUUGUUAGCUUUGUUUUGAAACCUAAGAAAGAUGCGAUGUACUGGGAUGUACUUGAAUGGAGUGGAGCUGGUAAACAGCCCUCAAUGUGUGGCUUUAUGGCAACGUUUUAGGAAAACCAGUUAGAGAAAUUUGAGUCUCAGAGGAAUUUUUAAAUGAAGGUUAGGUAAACUGUGUUAGCGAUCUUUUAUCAUGAAAUGGUUAACUUGGAAAUACACCAUUUUGUGAAAACAUUUGACUACAGCUUUUCAAACCAGUGACUGUGUCUUUCAGAUAAGGGAAUCCCAAAAUGUUUAAUGUGAUUUUUCCUUUUCUCCUCCUUUGGAUAAUUCCUUGUCAGACUUUUUAUGCAUAGCUUUCUUUAACGUACAAUGCAAUGAACUUACAUGAAGUUUUAAAUGUUGAGGUGUGUUUUGUCUGAAAAGACUGUUUAAAUUGUAAAACGACCAAAUAGCCAUAUAAAUAAAUUUAGCAUUUUAAAAUUGUAA